UUAAAUAAGCAUCAAAGACAAAGGCACGCACAUGAAGAGAAAGAAAGGACAAAAAGGCACUGUUUCCCUUUUGCUGAGUUCUAAAAGUCCACACAACCAAAACCACCAACGCCAUUACUCUGCUUCUUCUCCUUUUCCCGUACGAACAGAGGCUGCUCACGGAGACGAAGUCCAAGAGAAAGACCCAAGCCCUCGUCGCAAUGGCUAAAGAGAAACAACAGCAGCAAGAAGAAGACUAUCACAAGAUGUUGCGUUCGUAUUUAGGGCUCAGCUUCUCCAUGUUUCUGGCCACGCUGGCAAACAACUCGGUACCGGCGCUUCAGGGGAAGGUGCGCAUGCUGUCGCUGCGGGCGGUGGAGGCGGCGGAGGAGCUGCGCCAGAUGAAGUCGCGGCGGCAGGAGGACUCGAAGGCGAACGCUCGAGUGGUGGAGAUCUUCGCGUCGCACCGGAACGCGUGGCAGGCGGAGGAGAAGCGCCUGUUGCAGCAGAUCGAGGCGGCGGCGGAGGAGAUCGCGCGCCUUAGGGGGCGCGUGGCAGAGCUGGAGGAUUGCGUGGCGCGUGCGGAGAAGGAGGUGGGGGAGCGGGACGAGAUGAUUGGGUUCAUGUCGCGGAGGAUAGAGGAGGAGGGGUUGGGUGGGGGGGAGCACUACGGUAAGAAGAGUGGGGAGUGGUUUCAGAAGGAGGUGGAGGAGGAGGAAUUGGUGGGGUCCACUAGGAGUUUGGAAGAGGAGGUUGAGGUUAUCUAUGAACAGCACAGUCAACAUUUUGGGAACAAUGGCUUUGAUUCUGAGUUUAUGGCCUCUGCUUCCAAGUUCUGGGCUGAGAAAGCCUCGCUUUGGCAGGAUGUCCAGUACGAAUCCCUUGAAUCAAUGUAUAAUACAAAGCAUUUUGUUGCAAGAAGGGAGUCUCCCUGGAAGGUAGAUGGUGAUUCUGCUGGAGUUUCCUCUAAACUUAAAUUACUUGAGCAAGAUUUAUUAAAUCUAGAGAAGAAUGGUAAAAAUGAUCCUUCCAAGGCGUCGUCUUUGAUUAAGAAGCAGGCAAAGAGAUAUCAAGGGCUUUCAGAAAAAAUAGAUGAUUUGUGCCGAAGAAUAGCUAAUGAUCCCUGCGAGCCUUCCCUCAGUUCAGAAUUCCGAACCCAAACUCAAACAGAGUUUUUAUUGGAAGCAUUUCGGCUUCAACAGGGGGUAUCUGAAACUGGACAGAACCUAAUGGCAUUGCAAACUGAAAUUGGGAAGAACAAUUACAGGGAGGAGUUGAGAAACGAAACCACACUAACCACAAGACGGUCUUUGGACUCUAUGAGGAACAACUUCAAAGAUAUCCAGCGAAAUCUGGAGAUAUGGUUGGCCAGAAUUAUUGGCGAUCUUGAGGGGAUUCUUUCAAGGGAAGGGGCAUCUCGUGUAAGAGAAUAUUAUAUUUCUAGAUAUCCCUUUGUGCAAUAGAAUCUGAGAGACUGGUAGCAGUAGGAAGCCUCACCUCUCAAGCUAACAAGUUAUCUCUUGUGGGUAUGUAUAUUUUUUCAAUUCAUAGAAGUGGUAGUUGGAUAUCCCUGUGAAAUGAAAUCAUACCACUGCUGCUUA